UACAAUACAGAGUCAUAUUACAAUAAAGUAGCUCUACACAAUAUUUUUUUCGUGUUGUCUGUUUCAGUUUUAGGCGGCUCAUAAUACAAGCUGUACCAGGAUGUGAUGUAACGUUAUUACACCCGAAAAGUGACCCAUCAUCCACAGAAAAGGUGCUUUUUUUAUGGACGCGCUGGAGCUGAGUGGUUCACCAGCUGAGUGACCAUGGACACCCUGUCCACCCACAGCUCCUACCUCCUGCAGCAGCUCCAGGAGCAGAGGAUUCAGGGGCUGCUGUGUGACUGCAUGCUUGUGGUCAAAGGUGUCUGUUUCAAAGCUCAUAAAAAUGUCCUGGCUGCGUUCAGCUCCCAUUUCAGGUCUUUGUUCCAAAAUUACCCCAGUCAGAAGAAUGAGGUGUUCAACUUGGUUAUCCAGGAUGUCAGUGGCAUCGGCCAAAUACUGGACUACAUGUACACGUCCCAUAUUGACAUCAACCAAGAUAAUGUGCAAGCACUCCUGGACAUUGCUCAGUGUUUGCAGGUUCCAAACGUGCAGAGCAUGUGUAAUGCUUUCCUCAAGCCUUGCCCUCCACCAGUGGAAAUCUCAUCAUUUUCUCUCCCAGGCAUGCUGAGCACAGAGCAUGAAUGCCUCCUGGGGGGCAGCCUUCCUCAUGAUGCUGAACUCCACUGUCCCUCUGAAGCCCAGAGGCCUGGCUUCAGCAGUGAUGUAGACCAUGCCAAAAGGUUGCCAGUUUCUGUGCCUAGUAGCUCAAACAGUGACACACCUAGCAGUACUCAGGCACCUGCAGAAAAACAGCUGGUCCAUGGCUACAAGCUUCGUAACUUCUACAGCAAGCAGUACUUCAAACAAAGUGCAAUUCAGAUUAAUAGUGCAGCCUCAAAUCAAGCCCCGGGCCCUUUGGCGGUGGUGGAGGAGCAACAUUAUAAGCUUGGCAUUGGCAGCCACACACCUGUAUGCUCAGGAAACGCAGCUCAGCCCAACCCUACCUCAACAUCUGUGGCAGUGGAAAAAAACCCUGUCUCUUCUUUAACACCGUCAGAAAAUUUAAACACUCUGAGCUCUGACCCAGCAGAUUCCAUGCUCAACAAGCCAGUGCGCCCAAAGAAGACUGUUUAUCUGAAAAAGUACAACUACCUGCGGUCUCAGAAGGCUUUGGAGGAGAUGUGUGCUGAAUCAGUCAGUGAACCCAUUCUCAACUGUCCCAAACAGAGACAUCAAGAAGAGCCUGUUGUCCAGACUGAAGCUCCAGAAGUUCCUGUUGAGGGUCUUACUACAGGCACAGAAGAGGUUUCUGAAACAGCAGCAGAUGCACCACUUCCUAGUUCUCCACCUGUGAACCAAGAGGAGCAAAAUCUAAAGCCUGUGCCCGAGCCGCCGCAGCAGACAGGCCAUAAACAGUAUUGUUGUGAGGUGUGUGGGAAGAUCUUCAAACACCCAAGCAACUUGGAACUGCACAAGCGUUCACAUACUGGUGAAAAACCCUUCCAGUGUAAUGUUUGUGGGAGAAACUUUUCACAGGCUGGAAAUUUGCAGACACAUUUGCGGCGACAUUCUGGAGAGAAGCCGUACAUCUGUGAGUUAUGUGGUAAAAGUUUCACAGCAUCAGGGGAUGUUCAGCGUCACAAAGUGGUCCACACAGGGGAGAAGCCACAUCUGUGUGAUAUAUGUGGUCGAGGGUUUAAUAACUUGAGCAAUCUGAAGGAGCACAAAAGGACUCAUUCCACAGACAAGACAUUUACCUGUGACCAGUGUGGAAAGUCCUUCAACACACACAGAAAGCUUCUGAAGCACAAAGCCCGCCAUGCUGGAGAAAAGCCACACAGCUGUGACACCUGUGGAAAAUGCUUUAUUGGCUCUGGGGACCUGCAGCGCCACAUACGGUCUCACACUGGUGAGAAACCGUACAUCUGUAAUGCCUGUGGAAAGAGCUUCACCCGCUCAGCCAUGUUGAGGAGACACAGCAACAUGCACUGCAAGGGGGCUUCAGCCAACAGCCCAGUCCCCGACACCGCUGAGCAGCUGCAUGGCUCCGAUGGCGCUGCCUCAUUUUCUAAACCUGUUAGCCACAGUAAGCCCAUCGCCUCUACCUGUGAGCAGCAUUUCUCCACUAUGAUGCCCCAAACAGGAUUAGAGAAACCUUCACCACCUCCUUCUUCACCACCACAACCAGCACCACAUCUAGAACCUCCUUCUCCCAGCAUACACCUCAGCCCUGCUCCUACCCCCACCACACUUCCAGAGCUGCGCUCUCUUGUUCCCCAUCACCUCCUCUCCUCAAACCACCAGGAGAGAAGUGCCAACCUGGCUGCUCCACACCACAUGAAGCUGGCCAAACCGCACCUGUCUCAGGAGCCUGUGUACGGUCCGUACAUGGAGAAUGAAAAUAUGACAGUGGAGAUGAGCAGAGGUCUGGUGGGGAGGCCCUACUUGCCUCCCACAGAUAGUCACUGCAGUGCCUUCACAGGGUCUAGCAGGCCCAGUAGUGGAUCCUCCAGGUCCAGUGAGGGCCAGUUAAUCUCCAGUGUAGCUCUGUGGGGCCUGGCGAUGAAGACUCUGCAGAAUGACAAUGACAUGGAGCAGUAACAUCAUUUAUCUUCUACAGAUAAACACAGCAUAGUCAGCUCAGAGGGUGUCAUUUUACACUGAUGUUUACAUGUUGGUUUAGACUGUUAUGUCCUGGCUCAUGAUUGGUUAAAACUGAUGUGUAUUUUAAAAUUGUAGCUCUUAUGAUGAUGCAAAUAUGAAAUAAUAAUUAUUAUUAUUCAGAGCUGAAAAAGUUGUCUGUUUUCAGAGUUUUUUUCCUAUAGUGAAAUCAAAGCAGUGCAGCAGCAGUUUUAUGCCCUAGUGUAAUGAACAUGUGAAUUACACUACCAGUUUUUAUAUAGCUACAGCACUGCACUUUAAAAUGUAAAAAAUACAGGCCUAUUUUGAACUUUAUGUUUAAUGUAUUAUAUUCAUGUAAGAAUUAAUGUUCAGUUAUUUAAUGUAGGGGUCAAAGUUAUAUAGUAGAAACCAUUUCUUUUCACAUCAUGUUUACUUUUUCAUGUGCUUACAGCGUAGCAUAGAGGUAUCUUAACGGAUCAAGUCAUUUUUAACUCAGAUGUUUAAUACAACACAAAAAACACCAUUUAUUAAAACGGCACCGUGCCUUAAGGACGUAAGGAAGCUUUUCUGAAUAAUAAUUGCAGCACAGAAGUCUAUGAGAUGUGAUGUAGGACCCUAUGAUUACCAGAAAAUGAAGAUGAGAUUAUCAUAUAAUAGAGUCAGCUGUUCUCAUAAAGAUAUGCUCUGUUGAAAUGACAGUUUACAGAAUGUAUUUUUUUGCCAUGUCAUAGGUCACGUUAGUGUAUUGUUAAUUUUGCUUUGAUUAAAAAAACAUUUCAAUCAGUCAUGUAAUUUCUUUUGAGUUCAUAAUGUUCACUGCAUAAUCUCUCUUCAUUUAGCCAUGUCCUUUUAAUUUGUGAAUCAUGGAGCAUUGUGGGUGCAGCAGAAUGAGGACCCUGCAUCAAAAUAAAGGGCUUC